CCUCGUCUCUACGGUGUGGAGGAACGAUCGCCGAAUGCUUUCUCUGCGCGCAUGUUGACGCCUUGCUGAGACGUGGCCGUGACUCCCCUUGGCGGAAAGCAGAAGAAGGAGGCUCGGCCGGAGCCGGCCCUGUAGGGUAUGGUGUGGUCAUGUCCCAAAAGGAGAACGAACCUUUGAGAGAAGAUUCUUGUGAGCCUGUUGAAAAUGAUGAGAAGGCAGAGAAGGCUGAGCCUACUGAGCCUGAUGGUGUGGAAGCCGAGCCUGUGUCUAUGACACGGAAAAGACCUGAAGCUAAAUCCUCUGAGAAUGCUUCUUCAUCAGAGCCCCCGAGCCCCCGAGAAAAGGUAUCUGCGUCAAACAUUCUAUUGGACACUAGUUUCUCAGAUGGAUCACGAACAGGAUGGGAAUACUGGGGGAACUGGGGAAAAUCCUUGCUUUCCACUGCUUCGGCUACAGUGGCUACAGUAGGUUAUGGAAUCUCAAACGUCAUUGAAAAGGCAGAGACAUCCCUUGGGAUCCCUAGCCCUACUGAAUUUUCUUCUGAGGCCAAAGAUUCUGCAGAAGAAAAUCAAAAUUCUGAAGAAAGCAGCAAUGACAAAGGAGAGACUGAAAAUUCUUCACCUGUUAGUGGUGCAUUUGGAAUGUUUUCUACCAUCUCUGCUGCUGUUCAGACCACAGGGAAAACAGUUAUUAGUGGAAGUUUAGAUGCAUUAGAAUUCAUUGGCAAGAAGACCAUGGAUGUGAUUGCAGAAGGUGACCCUGGGUUUAAGAGAACAAAAGGUUUAAUGAACCGAAAUUCCACACUUUCUCAGAUCUUGCGAGAAGCAAAGGAGAGAGAAGAACAGCAGACAUUAACCGAGGUUUCCAUGGCUACAGAGAAGAAAGCCCAUUAUGGGCUACUCUUUGAUGAGUUUCAGGGUCUUUCUCAUCUCGAAGCCUUAGAGAUGCUUUCCAGGGAGAGUGAAUCAAAGGUGAAGUCAGUUACGAGCACACUCUCUGGAGAGGAGCUAGAUAUGUUAAAGGCAGAAUUGGAACAACUCAAAGAAGCAUUUUCCUUAGCUGAAUUUUGUGAUGAUGAAGAGGAAGAAAAAAAAGAAGAGGGAGACUUCACAAAAGAAAUAUCUGACAUUUUUUCUCAACUACGUGUCUCUACAAAGCCAGCCAAACUGACCCAAGCAAGGAACUCUGCUUGUGACUUGGUUAAAAAUCUCAAUGUGCAGACUGUACAACCAGGAAGGCAAAAGGAAGGAGACCAGCAGCUGAGUUCAGGGGAUUAUGAACCAGAGGAUAAAAAAUCAGUAGAGGAUAUUCACGCAUUUGCUAUCAGAAGUCUGGCUGAAUUGACAGCUUAUUCCAUUGAAGUGUUCCAUAAAACUGCUGCAUUGAUUCUUCAUGGUCAGAAAGAAGAUGUGUUGGCCAUAGACCGAGCCAAAGCCCUUUCACAGAUGACCAUGAUGCUGUGUAAAGAACUGUCAUCUCUUUCUAAAGACUUUGCUACCUGCUUAACAGCUGCUGGGGUGGAAGAGAAGGCAGAUGUCCUUAACCCUUUAAUCACUGGAGUAUUUUUGGAGGCUUCAAACAGCACUUCUUAUAUCCAAGAUGCUUUCCAACUGCUGCUGCCAGUUCUACAGAUCUCACAUAUCCAGGCUCAGACAGAACUAACACAGCAAUAAAUGACUUCAACAGUA